AUGGUUAUAACAAAAACGGCUAAUCAUACAUUCAGCUUCUCGUCCGAUCGCGCAUCCAGCUUCGUUCUCUCGUAUCCAGUCUUAUAUGAUGGACAGUGGACACCUCAACUACUACUACGACAGUCGUUGCCAGUAGUGACACGUGUCCCGAAGGUUAAUCGGCCAAUGGGGACCAGUUGUUCGGGCAGAAGCGGUUUCUUUUGUGAUAAGCAUAUAGAAACGAAGGAAGAAAAAGAAAAACGUCUGCGGAAAAAGUAUGGGAAUAUCCCACUACAAGAAGUUAUUAUCUACAAGACAAUGCCAACUCUUGGAUUGGCUUUUGAAGGAGGGGCUACAUCUCGACAAAUGCUCCCAAGAGUCGUCAGUAUCCAGAGUAAUGGAUCGACGUUCCACUCACACACAGCCCUCCAGGUGGGCAGUAUACUUCUGGAAGUGAAUAAUUCAUCUUUAGUUGGAAUACAGCACAGUGAAGUAGCUGCAUCUAUUGCGAAUGCCUUCCUGGACGAAACCAGUGACUAUAUGAAGUUUCUCAUCACAGAACCUGGUUGGGAGAUCAAAAUAGGCACUAAAUGA